AUGGCCGUCAAGGCUCUCCCAGCACAUGUCGACACCGUCAUCGUCGGCAACGGCCCCUCCGCCCUCAUCCUAUCCUUCAUCCUCCACGGCAACACACCCUUCUACAACCCCACCAGUCCCCAUCCAGAUCCUAUCCUGCACAAGAAGCUCUCAGAGUCGCCCUGCCUCCUCGAUGUUGAUGUGUACGACCUCACCGCUCACUUUGCAGCUUCGCGUCUCUUCAACUCAUCCCAAGCCCUUCCCAUCAAUGUCCUCCUCGAUACCUUGAUCCGCCCUUUGGCCGAUACAGUUCCUGAGGAAUACAACACAUGUUUGGAAUGGAGGCUUGAGCCGGGGAAGAAGGUGCCACAUGUGGUUUUGGGCGACACUGCCCAAGUUGGUGGGCAAUGGGCAGACAAUCCGGUAUCCGCGAGCUGGGACAUUGGAGCGUUGAGCUACGCUGAGAUGCUGUCACUCCCAGGCUAUAGCUUCGAGGAGCACUACAAAAAGACAAGAGAUGGAGCGGUACCAAAAUUCCACCGACCAACGCGACGAGAGGUCGCCGGAUAUCUUGCGGCAUAUUCUGAAGAGACUGGGAUUCAGGAUUCGGUCUACACCAAUGUGGAAGUGGGAACCAUUCGCAGACUUCACGCUGGCUUCCACGUCGGGUCGCACAACAUCACAUGCAGACAUCUCGUCCUGGCCUCCGGCAUCUUCUCCAAUUUGAUCCCUCCACGCCCGUCCUUACUUCCACUGCACGCCGUGCCUAGGCCCAAUGUCUUGAGUGAUGUACCAUUGCUCGUCGUCGGCUCGGGUUUCACCGCUGCCGACGUCAUCAUCUCCACCCCGGCUAAUCGCAAGAUCAUCCACAUCUUCAAAUGGGAUCCUGAGAAUCGUCCCUCGCCCCUCCGAGCAUGUCACCCACGCGCAUACCCUGAGUACGCGGGUGUCUACAGGCGCAUGAAGCUAGCUGCAAAACAAGUCUUAGGCGGCAGCGGUAAUAGCUCUCCGUUAAGGAGAAGAAAAUCCAAUCCCUUCUUCGCGGAGCGUGAUUGGGACAACUUCUACGAGGGACUACCAAAUACCUACAUCAAGGACGUUGCGGUAUCUGGCGAAACUGCAUAUGUCAGCCUAGAAAUAGGAGACGGAACGAUGCUACAAAGACAGAUCUCCAAUAUGGAAUAUGUGAUUGGAAGGCGAGGGUCUUUGAACUACCUCGACAACAGCCUUGCAAGGGAAGUCCUGGGUACGCUUGAUGAAACAAUGAAUCCUCGACCCGCCAUCUCCGGCCCUACCUUGAGGUCUAGAGCCGAGAAGAGCUUGGAACUCGCCCCGGGUGUUUUUGCCAUCGGAAGCUUGACUGGGGACUCGCUGAUACGAUUCGCGUACGGUGGCUGUGUCUUUGCUGCGCGAGAGAUCAUGAGACGCACGGACUCUACCGCUGCCACCAUUGGCAGUGCCGUACAUUCUCCCUCAGAGGCCCCUUCGAUCCCCACUGUUCCUCUAGGAGAUCAGCCUGAAACGGGGCACUUAGACAUCGUCUCCACCAAUGGCCAUUCUGAUCUUCACCUACAUAGAGCUAUGCGCUCGUUAUCGACAGACCGAGAGAUUUCGCACAUGGGUCAAGCUCUGCUUCGAACUCUCUAUAAGCACCUUUUCCUUCGGGCUCCCAAAGUAUCCCCCGCCCUCUCUCUCUUCCUGCCAAACGAUACCCAACCCUUUCUCAGUCUCCCCUGCCAUCUCCCUCUCCCUCUCCUCAUCAUCCAACUCAAAGCACGAACAAAGGCCCCCAAGAAUGCUUCCAGCCCCUUUGACGAGCGACACAAAUACAUACCACGGCCGUCGACCUUGUAUACACGACGCAAGAAAUGUCGCCAGGAGGACAAAGAGCAAGACCCUGAGCGCAAUGCCUAUCCAGCCGAGGAGGAUGAACUGCAAGAUAGCAGAGUCCGACCAGCAUUUUUCGAGGUACCGGAGCUCUCCGCCCUCUUGGCGAAAAGCUUCUUCAAUGCACGCGGUGCUGUGGAAAAUGUUGGAUACGAAGCCGGCGGCGUUGUCCGUGGGAAGGGGUGA